AUGGCCCAGACGAACUCUCAAAUCCCUCAACACGUCUCUGCAUUACUAUCACAUCUCACAUCUCGGCCGGGCGUCCAGUCAACUUUGAUUCUGUCUCGAAAAGAUGGCUCAAUCAUACAAAGCACCGGCCUCUUAGCUGCGACCUCGCCCUCAUCGCUCGGAACAAGUAACACUACGAAUAAUACGGACAACAAUUUGGAGAACUCAUCUCCUCCCAGGGGCACCGUUACGAACUCUUCUACCACAGACCUUGCUUCACCUACGCUGCCAUCACCGGAGUCUGUUGUCUCAGGUCAGCCCUCAGCGAACUCAACUCAGAACAAUCAGCAACCAUACAAGCCCAGUCAAGCAGAAACUCUGGCUGCCCACAUAUUUGCCUUUAUGACAAGUGCUUCUGGACUGGCAUUGUCAUUGUCGGGUUCCGGAUCAACAGGCAACGACGAUGUUGGAUAUGACUCGCGAUCAAAGGGAAUUAACGCCACGUUAGAAAACGGUACCACAACUGAUGUUACUACUACUACUACCGAUCGAACGCAUGAACGCGAAGAGGACGACGAGAUUAAGCUGUUGAGGCUGCGCACGAAAAAGAACGAGAUUGUUGUCGUGCCUGAUCGGAAAUAUCUGCUGUGUGUGGUGCAUGAUGCCGCCGGAGCUGGUGCUACCUCGUCUUCCGGUGGCGGGACGGCAAGGUGA